AUGGAAGGAUUCGACGAAGAUGUCUACGUCGGAAAAAACGACGGCGCCGGGGACGUGAACGCCAUGCACUACGGCUACGAAGGCGGCGCCCCGUCACCUCCACCGCCGCUGAUGGACGGAUUUUCCAGGAACGACAACGACGGCAUGGAGGCCUACGGCUUUGGCGGCGCACCACCGACGCCGCCCCCGAUUGAGGGGUUCGGCCAGGGGGAACCGUACAACCUCUCUGCCAACGACGAGGGCAUCUUUUCCGAGGCGGACGCCGGCGGCCCGCUGCUGCCGGAUCCCAGCCAGAUGCGCGAGGAGGGAUCCGCGUUUCGCGAGUGGCGCCGUCAAAAUAUGAUUUAUUUGGAAGAGAAAGAGAAGAAGGAAAAGGAGAUGAGGAAUCAGAUAAUUGCUGAAGCUGAUGAAUGGAAACGCAAAUUCUACGAGAAGAGGGAUCAGACGUGCGAGACCAACAAAACUCACAACAGAGAAAGAGAGAAAAUAUACUAUGCACAACAAGAGAAAUUUCACAAAGAAGCAGACAACCAGUUCUGGAAAGCGAUAGCGGAUAUCGUACCCCGUGAAGUCCCCAACUUCGAGAAGAGGCGGGGAAAGAAGGACGACGAGAAGAAGCCCUCAGUGUUCGUCGUCCAGGGGCCGAAGCCCGGGAAGCCGACUGACACGGCGAGGAUGCGUCAGAUCCUAGCCAAGCUCAAGACUAACCCACCGCUUCACAUGAGGCCGCCUCCCCCCAAGGAUGGGAAGUCGGAGGCUAAGAAUAGUGGGAAUGAGAAGAAAGACGUGGCCGCAGAUGAGGCCGCCUCGUCUGCUGCCAAAGCUGCAGGAGCAGAUGUAGCGUCGACCGGCGGAACAUCUGCUUCUGAUGGAGGCAAUGAGAAAGUUGAAAAGAAGUGACCGAUU